CAUUUUUUACCAUGUCUUCCGUAAAAUUAGCCGAAAAAAACUAUCUGAAGGACCCUUUUAAGAAGACUGGUCUUGGGGCCCUCAUGUCCAAAUCUGACAAGGCUUCUGACGUCGCCAAUGAAGGCUACUUCAAGCAUUGGGAUGGAGGUGUUUCGGCAGACGAUGAGGAUAAAAGAUUGAGCGACUACUCGAACUUGACUGCUCAUUACUACAACUUGGUCACGGACUUUUAUGAGUAUGGUUGGGGCUCUUCGUUCCAUUUCUCAAGAUACUAUAAGGGUGAGGCAUUCAGACAAGCCACGGCGAGACAUGAGCACUUUUUGGCCCACAAAAUGAACAUCCAAGAGAACAUGAAGGUCUUGGAUGUUGGUUGUGGUGUGGGUGGCCCUGGUAGAGAGAUUUGCAGAUUCACUGACUGCACCAUUGUCGGUUUGAACAACAACGACUACCAAAUUGAGAGAGCCCAACACUAUGCCAAGAAGUAUAACUUGGAUGACAAAUUAUCAUAUGUCAAAGGCGACUUCAUGCAAAUGGACUUCGAGCCUGAAUCCUUUGAUGCUGUGUAUGCCAUUGAGGCUACCGUGCACGCCCCUGUCUUGGAGGGUGUGUACUCUGAAAUUUACAAAGUGUUGAAGCCCGGGGGAGUUUUUGGUGUUUACGAAUGGGUUAUGACUGACGAUUACGACGAAACAAACGAGGAGCACCGUAAGAUUGCCUACGGUAUUGAAGUCGGUGAUGGUAUUCCAAAGAUGUACAAAAGAGAGGUUGCAGAAAAAGCAUUGAAAAACGUUGGAUUCAAUGUUGAAUAUGAAAAAGAUUUGGCUGACACCGAUGAUGAAAUUCCCUGGUACUAUCCUUUGGCUGGUGAAUGGAAGCACGUGCAAACCUUGUCAGAUUACUACACUAUUUUCAGAACUUCCAAAAUCGGUAGAAAGGUCACCACCGAAAUGGUUGGUUUGUUGGAAAAAAUCGGAUUUGCUCCCAUAGGUUCUAAGCAGGUCACUGGAGCUUUGGAAGAUGCCGCGGUCAACUUAGUUGCCGGAGGUAAGCAGAAGUUGUUCACGCCUAUGAUGUUGUACAUCGCGCGUAAACCAUUGGAUGCCGAGAACUAAUUUAUAUCUUACUACUAUUUUCCCCAUAUGUACAAUAAAGCCCUGG